AUGCCUCAACUGGAUAAAUUCACUUAUUUGGUCAUUGCCGACACCGUACCUUCCCCUUCGGAUUUGUUUACGUAUACUUCCGACAUGCUGGAAGACUCGGCGAGUUCCGGGCGUAGUAGUAGUACCUCAGCGGUCAAUCAACCGCUUCCGGGGGAACAAGCUAUGCCUCCCGCUCUUCCUGUUAUGCAGGAAGCUGCUCUGCCCUACCCCUAUCAAAAUAAUGAGAUUAUAGGGGGGGACAGUGUUGAAUCCAUCCAACGGAGGCUUUUGGGGAGAUUCCCCUCUCCUUCUGCCCAUGAGAUUCAAAUGGCCCGGAUUGAAGCCGAAGACCUAUUCGAGGUCAAGGUCGAUAUCUGUCAGGUCAUGGCGGGCCUUCACCCAAGCGGGGAUUGGAUGGGACGGGGGGCUAGAGCUCUGGAUAAUCUUCGUACCGCCACAGGGGAGGAGUCCUUAAGUCAGCUCCUUCGAAUGCGUGAGGACCUAGAGACUGCAGGUUUGCAGUCUGCAACCUUCCGGCAAUUGGCCGACAGAGUGCCAUUCCGGGCGGAUGCGGAUCAACACGCAGCCACCUAG